UAAAAUAUGAGUGGCUCUCUGGAGCACAGAGAGGAGAAGGGGAUCUUUCUUCCUCGUCGACCUUAUAGUUACUCCCCACUUCCUGUGUCACCGGAGCUCCGGGGCUGCUCAGCGAAAUGGCUGCGUUCCUGCGAGCUCGUAAAUAUGUCCGUUGUGUCGUCCGUUUCUCCGACCGUGAACUGUAAACGGCAUUAUUAAGCGCUUGUGAAGAAAAGGAAGACUUACUCACCGAGGUGUCAUGGCUGAUGAAAAUGCAGAUAUUGGAGGUAUGUUAGAGGAUGAAGAUGAGAGUUCAGAUGACCCAAACCUUCAGGUGGAGCUCAAUGCUUUCAGAGCUCAGUGGAUGUCUGAGCUCAAACCGAGUUCUGGGGCAAGUGGACUAAGUGACCGAGUACUGCGGGCAAAAGGAGUUAAGAGGACUCAAGAAAUAGCCCGGGAGGAAAAAGCUACAGAGCUGUUCCUGAGAGCUGUUCAGGAGGAGCAGAAUGGAGCUGUCUAUGAAGCUAUCAAGUUUUAUCGCUUGGCUAUGCAGCUCGUUCCUGACAUUGAAUUUAAAAUCAACUACAACCGCCCUCCUGAUUCAGACCGAGUUGGAGGAAAAUACUUGGAGGACAAUGAUGCUGAUGGGGAGAUAGAGGAUCUCCUUGCCUACUUUGAGCAGCAGCUCUCACUGGAGAGCUCCUUUCCAAAGAUCUGCAUGCCUGAACUUGAAGUCACUCAGAUUCACAUUUCAGCCUUGCCGCGGGAAAUCCUGAUGUACAUUUUUCGCUGGGUUGUGUCCAGCGAUCUUGAUAUGCGAGCCCUGGAGCAGCUGUCCCUGGUGUGCCGUGGGUUUUACAUUUGUGCAAGGGACCCAGAGAUUUGGCGUUUGGCCUGUAUAAGAGUGUGGGGACGGAACUGUACCAAAGUUUUACCCUUCAAGACCUGGAGGGAAAUGUUCCUGCAGAGGCCACAUGUUCGUUUCGAUGGUGUUUAUAUCAGCAAGACAUCCUACAUACGUCAAGGAGAGGAAUCACUGGAUGGAUUCUACAGGGCUUGGCACCACGUUGAGUACUACAGGUACCUUCGCUUCUUCCCUGAUGGCCACGUUGUCAUGCUAACCACCCCUGAGGACCCUUUGUCUGUUAUUCCUCGCUUGCGUACAAGGAAUAGCAGGAUGGAUUCUGUUCUACUUGGUCAUUUCCGUCUGUCACAAGAGACAGACAAUCAAACCAAAGUUUUUGCUGUUGUCUGCAAGAAAAAGGAGGAGAAAGUCACCGAAUUUCAAAGGAAUCGGUUCUGCAGGCGGAACCCAGCUCCAGAGGCUGAACACACCUUCCACAUAGGACUGCAUCUGUCCUCCAGGGGGCGCCAGAGCUUCAGCAAACUGGUGUGGAUCCACCACUCCUGCCACAUCACAUACAAGCUGACAGGAGAAACAGUAAUCACAACGUUCGACCUGGACAGGAUGUACACACCCUUCUUCUUUGCCCGCGUGAAGAGUUACACAGCGUUCUCUGAGCAGCCUCUGUGAGCAGCAGAGACCUGCAGCCAAUCCCACCAAGACCAUUGAAGCUGAUUCACAACCUUACCACACAUGCAUACCCCUUAGAAUGGUUUGGAUGAUGGUGUUUCUCUUUAAACCCUCAUGUUUCUACACACAAGCAUGUUAAGUUUCAGGUUUGCUUAUUAGAAUACUACUUAUUUUCUGAUAAUCAGAAAUUACAGCCAUUUGCUGAAAGCUAAACUAAUUAGCAACCUUCCCCACUUGUUCCAAGCAAUGAAUGUUCAUUCUGUUCUUGUUUCAUGGUGCACUUUCUUCCUCAAAUAAACAGAUGAACGAACCCA